GUAUUUGCUUCCCACCGUCCUGCCGAAAUGAAACAACCAGAUUCACCGUUCUUCCCAGCGAUAAACUGGCGUCGUAAACCAGAAUUGGAAGGGCCGCUCGGAAAAAACGAGAUUGGAAAAUUCAUCUUCAAAGCUGCGAAUUUUCCCGUGAAGAUAUCGAAUCACUCCUUUCGAAAGACUUUUAUUUUAUGGAUGGAUGCUGAAGUGCCAGAAAAUUACGUUGCCCAACUAAGCGCCCAUAAAAACCUUACAAGUCUGCAUAACUACAACUUUGCAACAGCGAGUCACCAACGAAAAACGUCAUUUGCGUAA